GAAGGGGUUUUUGAUUAAGAUGACAGUGAGGAAGUCAGUUCUGGUGAAGAUGGCAGUGAGGAUGAUGACUAUGACCCCCAGGCCAAUGAUGAGGAGUAUGAACAGUAUGGUGAUGAGGACAAUGAGGAUUGGAUGGAAGGAGUUGUGCAUGAAGAAGCUACACAAAGAGCACCUAAGGCUGGUGUAAAGCUUACUAGUAGUCAAAGGGAAAGUGAGCAAGAAAAUGUGACUGAGUUUGAAGAUAAUGAGGCCAUGUUUGGUUUUCAAGAUUCUGAUGAUGAGAAUUUGGGUUUUACCAUAAAUUCCGAUGGGGAGCUUGAAGAUGAAGGACUGGAAUUCAAUCCCAAAUCCGACAUGAAGAAACCAGAAUUUAAACUAAAACAGAAGUUUGCCACAGUUCAAGUAUUGAGAGAUGCAUUGAGGGAGCAUGCUAUUCAAGGUGGAUGGGAAUAUAUCUUCAUCAAGAAUGAUAAGACAAGGCUGCGGGUUGUAUGCAAGGAGGACAAUUGUCCCUUCUUUCUGUUUGCUUCCAAAAUGCAGCAUGAGAGCACUCUCAUGAUCAAGGGAUAUGAUGGUACACACAAGUGCACAAGAAAAUUUAACAAUAGCAUGGUGAAGCUUAGAUAUUUGACAGCAAAGUUUAAGGACCAGAUUGUGGUUAAUGAAAGUGUGAAGCCAGAAUCUCUUGCAAAAACAAUGUCCUCAACCAUUCGAGCAAGGGUUUCCAACUCAAUGGCAUAUAAAGCUAAAAGGCAAGCUCUGUUGGAAUAUGAGGGAAGCAUUCGAGAGCAAUAUGCAAGGCUUUGUGAUUAUGGCAGGGAGCUUCAGAGGGUUGAUCCAGCAACCUCUAUUGAUAUUAAGUGUAGUUUUCCUAAGGGUAGCAAGAGGCCAGUUUUUAAACGGAUGUAUAUUUGCUUGGGAGCUCUAAAAAUGGCUUCAAGGCUGGAUGCAGAUCUGUCAUUGGACUAG